UCUACCGUUUAUUUAUUUCAGCAUUUAUUGAUUAUUUUUUCCAUUUCAUUCUGUAUCUAUUGUUUUGAAGCAAAAACGUAUUCCUUUUUGUUUUUUUUUUCCUUGUGUUGUAUGCUUGCAAAUUGAAUUCUCAGAAUUUCUGUGUUAUUUCAUUGAGUAUUUAGCUGAACGUUCUUUGUUUGAUUGCGUAUAUGUCAUUUCAGCAUUCUUUGUAAGAUGUGUUUGAGCGCUGAGAGUCCUUUCAUUGAAGUGCACAAUAUUUUGGCCUUACAAGAGCUGCCUUUCUUUAUUCUUGAUGAGAGUGGGAGUGUCCAUAGUAGCCCAUUCUCUCCUGUCCGAAUGCAAAACAGACCAAUGAUUUAUAAAGUUGCGGUUGUGUUAAUGCACGAGCUUUGUGUAGAUGGUUGAACUGCUUAUACGUUGACUACUCCUGCACAAAAAAAUUUGUAGCAGAUUUUGUAGCUUUAGGAUGGAUAACAAAGGAAGUGUGUUGAUGCAAAGAUAUGAAUUAGGGAGAUUACUUGGCCAAGGCACCUUUGCUAAGGUUUACUAUGCAAGGAGUCUCAAGACUGGCCAGAACGUGGCCAUCAAAGUAAUAGACAAGGAGAAGGUUCCAAGGGUUGGUCUCAUCGAUCAGAUAAAGCGAGAAAUAUCUGUUAUGAGACUGGUCAGACACCCUAAUAUUGUGCAGCUUUAUGAAGUCAUGGCUACCAAAACCAAGAUUUAUUUUGUCAUGGAAUUUGCUAGAGGGGGCGAGCUUUAUAACAAGGUGUCUAGAGGAAAGUUAAAGGAAAAUGUUGCUCGGAAAUAUUUUCAACAGUUGAUUAAAGCUGUUGAUUUCUGUCACAGUAGAGGUGUUUACCACCGGGAUUUGAAACUAGAAAACUUGCUGCUAGAUGAAAAUGAUAAUCUGAAGGUUUCAGAUUUUGGGUUAAGUACCCUUGCUGAAUCCAAGCACCACGAUGGGCUGUUUCACACCGCUUGUGGUACCCCUGCCUACGUCGCCCCUGAGGUGAUUGGUAGGAAAGGUUAUGAUGGGGCCAAAGCUGAUAUUUGGUCAUGUGGGGUGAUCCUGUUUAUUCUAUUGGCUGGUUAUUCCCCUUUUAAUGAUUCAAAUUUAAUGGAGAUGUAUAGGAAGAUUGGUAAAGCAGAGUUUAAAUGCCCGAGCUGGUUUCCAGCAGAAGUCCGCAGGCUACUGUCAAGGAUACUGGAUCCCAAUCCGCAUACUAGAAUUUCGAUUACCAAAAUUAAGGAAAAUUCUUGGUUCAAAAGGGGAUUGGACUCGAAAACAUUGCAAAAUGAGGCAAAAAGAAAGGAGAUGGUACCUCCAAAUAUGGGUGCAGCUUCUAGUCCCUGCGAGAACAGCAGUACAACUGCUGUGGAAAAGCAAGACCUAACAAAGCCUACUAACUUGAAUGCAUUUGAUAUCAUCGCCCGUUCUGCUGGAUUUGACCUAUCUGGCUUGUUUGAGGAACCUUGUCUAAAGAAAGAAGCAGUAUUUACUUCUCAGAGACCUGCAUCGGUCAUCAUCUCUAAACUGGAAGAAAUUGCUAAGCAUCUGAGGCUGAAGGUGAGGAAAAAAGAUGGAGGGUUGUUAAAAAUGGAAGGAACAGAGGAAGGUAGAAAGGGGAUCUUAUCCAUUGAUGCAGAGAUAUUUGAGGUCACACCAUUUUUUCAUUUGGUGGAGGUGAAGAAAUGCAACGGAGAUACUCUCGAAUAUCAGAAGAUAUUGAAAGAGGGUAUUAGACCUGCUCUUCGAGAUAUCGUUUGGGUUUGGCAGGGUGAUCAACAGCAGCAGCAGCACCAACAAGCACCAUCUCUGCAGGAGUAGAAGCAGCUUCCUUGAAUAUUCACAUGUCCGAUUUUCUCAACCUAUCUAAUGUUUGUACAUUUUUCUAACCUGCCCUUUUCUCUGAAGUGUUGUUUUCAUCUUCUUAUGUGUAUCAUAUCCUUGUUGAGUAAUCUGUAAUGGUCUGGCAUAUCUACAUGGUAACAUAUAAGUGUGUGUGUGGCAUAUCUACAUGGUAACAUAUAUGUGUGUGCGUGUCACCCUAGAAAGAUAUCCUGUGAUGCCCUCUUGUGAUUAGU